AUGUUUGGGAGGGCACCGAAGAAGAGUGAUAACGCCAAGUUCUACGAGAUCCUUGGCUUUAAGGAGCUUGCUCAUGCUUAUGAGGUUUUGAAUGAUCCGGAGAAACGUGAGAUCAACGACCAGUAUGGUGAAGACGCGCUCAAGGAAGGAAUGGGUGGCGGCGGUGGCAUGCAAUACCCAUUUGAUAUCUUCUCUUCCUUCUUUGGUGAGAGUCCAUUUGGAGGUGGUGGUAGCAGUAGGGGACGGAGGCAGAGAAGGGGUGAGGAUGUUGUACAUCCAUUAAAGGUCUCUCUUGAAGAUCUUUAUGUUGGGACCACCAAGAAGCUCUCUCUAUCACGAAAUGUUCUUUGUUCGAAGUGUGAUGGGCAAGGAUCAAAAUCUGGAGCUUCAAUGAAGUGA